CGGGGAGGGAAAGGCACGGCCGGCCCAAGGAGCCUGUGCGCUCAGCAGCCGGACCCGGAUCGCAGCAGACGCUGGGGGUGCUCGGGCAGGCACGGAGCGACUCAGAGGAGGGGAGCCUGGCGUGCCCCUGCCAGCCUGCGCGCACGAUGAGCGAGGCCAGUCGCCUGUGCUCCGGCUACUACAGCCUCAAUCACAGCUUCGUGGAGCCUUUCCAGUGUCCCCGGCGCGGCGAGGGGGCCGCGCUCCGCUACUGCUGUGGCUUCGCCGACCUCAAGUACUGCUGCAGCGAGCCGGGCAGCUACUUCCCCUACAAACACAGCUACAUGUGGAGCCUCAGUGUGGGCGCUCUGAUUGGACUGGGAAUUGCUGCCCUCGUUUUACUGGCCUUUGUCAUCAGCGUCUGCGUCCUCUGCUAUUUAUUUCUCUAUACAAAGCCUCGGAGGUUAGACAGUGGCCUUAAACUUCAACACCUGGAGGCGCUUUCCUUUCGAGAAGGCAACCCAAGCAGAGAGAUUAAAGCCGUCAACUCAAACGUAGCAUCCAAUUCAACCAAUGAAACAUCCUACGAAGCUGAUGAUGUAGUUCAAGAAAAAGUCAUGGAUACAGCACAAAUCAACAUUGUGUAUUAAUUAAAAAGCCCUGUGUUCAAAAAGCUAAGGCUCAUGGAAGAGAUGCAGCAAUAAAAAAUACAUUUCAAAUAUAGUCGGCACAUUGCUUUUCAAGCAUUCAUCACUCCCGAAAGUGAGACCCAACUGCAUUUUUCAGUAUUCAUUCAGGAUGUGAGUUUACUCUCACCUGCUAAUUAGAAUGGUUUUGUAUUACCUCAAAUUAUGCCAACUCUUCAGGAAAAAUUACAGAACAGAUCAGUAAUAUAACUAAACCUAUCUGAGUUUAUCUCAAACUACUAGCAUUUUGCAAUAUUUUGUACUGGCAGACAAUUAUUUUUUAAUAAGAGAUGGUUUUGGAUAGCUGAAUUGUUUUAUGAUCCAUGAGCCCAUACACAGUCCACUGUAUUUACAAAAGCUGACAUUCAAUAACAAAAAAAAAACAUGUAUAGUUCCCAUAAUAAAUAUUUUGUAUUAUUUCAAGUGAUAAUCACAACAAAAUUUCUUCACUGAUAAGUUUCCUAAAGAAUUUUUGUAAAGUUAGAAGACAAAAUAAUUUCUUCAGUCCCAUUUUCUGCUUUCACAUCAAUACCAGUUAGUCAUCUUGAAAUAAAAGGUUUUUGCAAACUAAAAUUGUUCCAAGAUUUUUAUUCUUACAAUGUGAUUUCCGUUGUAAGAACCUAGGCCAGGGUUUUCAAUAGAAUUCAUCAGCAAACAAGGAGUAAUUUUGAGCCAACUCUGCUAGACAUAUCCAUUGUUCGGUAUAGUCCCUGAGGUCAGGAUUCUGGACUACACAGGUGCUGAACACAGCUUCCCUGGUCUGAUGCAGAAGGCUUUCUUGUUGGGCACGCAGAGUUCCUGGAAGGUAACUUCCUGAGGCAGCACAUUCCUCCAGAGAACAGUGAGUACCUUCUAGGGCAGCAUUCUCAAGACUCCUUCUGAUGGAGAUGCUCCUUAUCUGCAUCUCAUCUGGAACAGUAGCCACCUGCCACAUGUGUCCACUGGUACUUCAAAUGUGGCGAAGGCAAAUGAAAACUCAGCUUUUACCUUAGAUUCAGAUAAUCAUGUUUCAUAUCUGAUCAUGACUGCAAUGUCCUAUUGCCUAAGUGGGAUUCCACAUUUCAAAGGAGUACUAUUUGCCAAGGUUUAAACAUUAAAAUUGUUUAGUGUUUGUGAAGUGUUAAAGCUGAGAAAUUACUGUUAGAGAGAUGACAUUUUCUGUGGUCAUAACAGCCUAGGCAGGUAUUUGAUCUUUUAUACAGUUUGGGUUUUUAAAAAAAUGAUCACAGAAAAGUUGCUAUCUUCAUAAAAAGGAAUUUAUAAUUCUACUACUCUAUUGCCUGAGGUCAAAAUGUGGUUUGUAGAAAUGAAGGCACCGAGAGUCUAUUUUUGUGCCUGAAAGGCAAUAGCCUUUGCAACAUCUGACAACAGAAAGGGACUUAACACUCAGGACCAAAAACUUCUAAUGUAUACAAGUGAAAUUGACAUCUCUCGAUUUAAUUACUGUUGAUAGGGCUUGCUUACAUUACUAUAAUUACUUAACUCAUCAUUUAGUGAAGCAUUAAGCCUAUGAUUAUAAAUUAAAUAUUAUCACAAACAUUAAAAGAGGGAGAAAUUCUUAGAAUUGUGUAUGAACCACAUGAAGUCUGUUCUCUGUGUACUAAUCAA